UACAAGUCGAACGUUACGCUGAUACUAUUCUAUCCAGAUGGCGUCUGGGACAGCAUAGUCAAGUCAAUCGCCCCAUACGCUUACGCGCACACCAAUCUCACCGAGAUUCAGCUCGACCUCGAGCUUCUCUGGAGAAACAACAUCAACUCCGCACGCGUAGUAAUGGGUCUAGGUUUCUACGGUCGAAGUACAUCUCCAGAGCACCAAGAAGCAAGGUGUCCUACCGGAUAUGGAUUUUGA